UACCGAAAACCGAGCGAACCCAACAGCACUUCCCUCCACCACCACCACGAGACAUAGAUAACGCGCCAGCGACCAUGCCGCCUCCGCCGUCCGCCCUCACCGCCUCCGCCGCGGCGUCCUCCUUCCUCCGCUCGCUGCCUCCUCCGAACCUCCCCGCCCACGCCACCCUCCGAUCAAACCCAUCCCUCAGACGCUCAGCAGGCCACUCCCGCGUGGUCGCGCGGGCCUCUGCGUCCGGCGCCGCCGGCGCCGAGGCCGAGACGGUGUUCUUCGACGGCGGCGCGCACUACGGCGACCUGGCGGCGAACCUCGUCCUCGGCCUGACCCUGCUGUGGUUGCCGCUGACCCUCGCCUCCGUGUCCCGCGCGCUCCUCCUCCGGUACCGCUUCACCUCCCGCCGCGUGACCGUCAUCUCCGGGCUCUCCGGCGACGACCGCACGGACUUCCCCUACUCGUCGGUGAGGGAGGUGGUGGUCGUGCCGCGGUUCAUCGGCGAGUGGGGCGACAUCGUCAUCACGCUCAAGGACGGCACCAAGGUCGACCUCCGGAGCGUGCCCAGGUUCCGCGAGGUCGCCGACUACUGCCGCAAAAUGGCCGCCGCCGAGGGCGGGCUCGUGGCCCGGUGAGGGCGGCGAGCAAGGCAUCUGCUGUGUUCAGCCGUGGAGAGAUUUUCCUUUUUCUUGCUCGGUUGUUUGUCUGUUGUAAGUCGUGAUGUGAAGACUGAAACUUCUGACGGAAGCUCGAUCAGGAAUACGAGCUGGUGUUCUUCA